CAAUCAGCGAUUGUACAGCCUGCCUCUUUUCGGUGUACACGCUGUUCAAGACUGACCUGAGCAGAUGGGGCUGCUAUCAGCACUGACCCGUGGUUUGGCCCGGGGAGCAGACCGCAUGGCUGAGAUGACGAGCAAGCGUGGCCCUCGGACAUUUUACAAAAGCAGAGGAGCUAGGCCAGCUGGAAUAAUAACAUCCAGUAGGAAAUUCAUCCCUGUGCGGGCAAUGAUUCCCGAGUUUGUAGUGCCAAGCCUAGAAGGAUUCAACCUGAAACCCUAUGUGUCCUACAAGACCCCUGCAGGAACAGAACAGCCUCUGACCGCAGAGGGACUGUUUGCUCAAGUGGUGACCCCACAGAUUGAGAGGGACAUUGAAGCAGGCACAUUUGACAAGGAACAGCUGGAAAAAUAUGGAUUAGAGAAAACACAGGAUGGAAAGUUGUUCAAACUGUAUCCCAAGAACUUUGUUCGUUAAAUGCACAUUGUUAUGGUGAUUAUUCAUGGACUGCAGCUUGAAGUUCUCUACAGACGACAUCUGUAGAGGCGCCUGUAGCUCAGAUAGUCUUGACACACUGAGACUGAAAUGUUCAAAACCUCAAUGCAUUUACAGCCUUAUAAUACAACUCAUGUUGGAUGUUGUCACUGUCAGUCCUGAAAUGAAGCCCUGACGCACAUCCUAGAAGUGGCUGUAAAACUCAGCUUGUUAAACAGCUUUGUUUCUAGUAAAUCUCAUGGAGAACUGAAAGGACUUUUACAUAAGAAAUAAACAAUGCAUAUGUAAACUUA